UGGUUUUUCCCAGAAAGUGGCAGACACUUCAUGAAAGCGAAGCUUCAUUGUAUCGACACUUUUAAUGGUACCGCAAAUCAACAAGAUCACAGAGAUAUUUUCGCAGCUCAUGGAGAUGAUCGAGAAUGGUUGUUUCGAACUUUUCAAGAUAACUUGAAGAGAUACGAACUAGAUGAGCAAGUCAUUAUUCAUCGUAUGUCUUCAACGGAAGCAGUCAAGUCUUGGAAUGCUCCUAUUGCUUUUCUCUAUAUAGAUGGUGACCAUGAAUAUGAAGCAGUGCUUCAAGACUUCGAAAAUUGGUCAAAGUUCCUAUUGCCUGGUGCACUUAUUUCUUUUGAUGACGUGCCCGGUUGGCCUGGUCCAACAAGAGUUGCAGGAAUUGUUAUUUCGAAACAAGAAUUUCAAAAAUAUGGUGUGGCACCGAACGUUUUGACAUUCAAAAAAAUCUCAUGAGCAAAAGUAUUAUAUAAUAAAGUUUGUUCUUAUCACUUUUGUUCGAUUAUUUUCUAUACAAGAGAGUCUCCUUUUUCAAUCUGAAGCAAUUUUCCAAGGAUAACUGUCUUACUGUCCCUCUGCGAGCAUCUAUUCUUUACUCUGUAGCCAAAUGUCAUAUGAGUAACGUGCUAAGUUAUUAAGCGAAAACGAAAGUUGUUUGAAAGUAGGCAUAUUGCUUCUUUGAAGAGAAACUAUAAAAACUCAACUGUCUCGGUCUAGACAAGUCAUAUGACUGAAUCCUUUCUAAGCUUUCACUUCGUUCCUUCAAUAAUAACUUAAGUUUUCUGUCUGAUCGGCUUAAGAAUCUAGUUCUCUGAAGAAGGAAAGGUAUGCUGUUCAAAUAAAACUGUUGAACAGUGAAUCUUGACAGUCGUGAGAUCACUCACUCCUUUCUAGAAACACAACAGGCAAGACUAGAAUAAGACAAGCAGGUGCAGCGAUAAAGAAAAAUCUGAAAAA